UCCCCCUCCCCCUCCCCCUCCCCGUUUGGGUCUCAUUCUCCUUCUCCUUUCCAAAGACUGCCUGAGGACUACCUUCUUUUGUUUGCUCCACCUCACCUCACCUCACCUCAUCACGCUACACGCACACGCAAACGCCUUCCAAGCAUUAGGCUGGACGUUAUCUAGCGUCUUUCCUUAUCAGGCAAACUCAAGUCGCCUCAGGCUUCUUCGCUCUUUAUUCCCCUAUUCCUCCACAUCUAGACAUCGAGCUUCUCGCUCCUUUCAUCAUGGCUGCCAACCAGGUGCUGCGCCAAAUCGGCCAAACCACUCCUAACGAGGAGUGGUUUGACUUCGACAACUCCCUCGACCUGCCCUACAGUGGUCUGGGAAGCAACCCCACUUCCAUCGACUCGGUCUCUCCCAAGGACCUCGAGCUGGGCUUUGCCGAUUUCGACGACUGCAACUGGGGCCCCAACCCUGGAGUCUGCACCGAGGACUUCUUCUCCGAUAUCAUCAACUAUGACCCGCCAUGCGAAGGAUACGCAUUGGACGGCCCCCAGCCCCUCCUGAACCCCAGCGGCGCUUUCCAGUCGCUGCCCGGUUCUCCGAACCAGGGUCUCAUUGCGUCAGACGUCAUGGCAUCGGAUCUCAGUGAUGCGUGGCUGCAGGAUGUGGGCGGGUUCGACGACCCAUUCUAUGCCAACAUUCGCCAGAUGGUGGAGUUGCAAGCCGCAGCCGACCCCGGCUGCCUGUCCUCGAAGGAGAAGCGCAUGGAGGCGUCUAUUGCCAUCCACCUCCAGCGCCUACAAGAUGCGGCGAUGCAGGAACUGGACCUGUCAUCAAACUCGAGCACAACAUUCCCGUCGCCCCGCUGGUCGGACUCGGCGCAGAUGAGCGUGUCUCAGUCUGGUACCUGGGCAACCCCGGCCACCUCCCCUUCGUCUGAGACCCUCGGAAACCCGAGCACUUCGGCUGAGCCAACCGGCGGGAUGGAGAUGGUCCUCGAUCUCAACAUGAACACGACGACAAAUGUACCCAAGAAACAAAAGCCCCGAUCACGGGCUCAGAAAGAGAACUACAUCAAGGUUCGGAAGGCGGGUGCCUGCGAGAAGCACCGGAAGCAACACAAGCGAUGCAACUGCCUUGAGAAGGUGGUUUCCCAGCUCAGCGUCAGCCACGAUGCUGUUUCUGUCACCCACCCGGCAGUCCGGUCAACCGUCAAUGUACAACUACAUGUCCCCGGCUCCGGCAAGGGCGUUGUCCACGCGAAGACUAUACCAACCGUCACCGCGAAGGCCCCUGUCCUACAUACAACAGGAGGCUUGGUCUCACGGGAGGACCAACACGUCCAGCUACGGCAAGCCGGUCGUUCGCCAAACACCAGCCCGUCGUUCCUGCGACCCCAAUAUGGCCACCACUCGCAAUGCGCCGCCCAGGCCUCCACGGGCUGCCCGAACACGGGCCAACCAGGAGUCCUAUGCCAGCCUAUCCGCUCGCCGGUGCCCUCUCGCAGCGUUGGCCUGGUCCAACCGUCGUCUUCGACGUCAUCCCAGCCAGACCAGAAGUUGCAUACUAGGAUGCCGACCCAAGCGCCAGGCCGUCUCCGGUCAGUACCCGCUGUCUCAACCCACUUGCGCGCCUCUUUUGAGGCGUCCGUGGUACUCGAAUCACACAGCGUGGGCGACCAGCGCAGAAGCACGGAAGAUACCAAGCUCCGCUCAAGCAGCCCUGAGGGACGAGCAGUCGCUCAACACCCCUCAAGUUGCGACGGCUCUUCGGACGCACAGCGCACUAUCCAAAGCGUUUCUUCCAACAGGAGAUCCGUUUCCAGUGCGCUACAAUGGGGCCGGAACGCUGUGUCGUCUGUACUUCGCAGCGUGUCAACCCUCUCCCGCGUCUUGGAACCAUCGAUAUUCGCUGAGUCUGCAUUGGGAUCUUAUUUCGGUAGAGUUGUCCUGCUCUCUUCCCGCAAGCUUUUGGUUGCGCGCAAGGGACUGGGCUUGUAUUGAUUGGUUGCUUGCUUGUCGCGAGAUGAUACCCGCAUUGGCAUUGGCUGUUUUGUGUGCAUGUGUUUGUUGAUUGAUCCCCUGUCGGUUUAGCGAUGCCGUCUUGUCCUGGAUACCAUCGUCCGUGUUGACACGAGACAAAAGUAGAGAAUUUCAUUUUAUUAUCUUAAUUAA